GCAUAAGAGGCAGCAUUGUGUAUUAACCCGAGUAAACUUUAUUUAUAGACAGUCCUUCACUAAGAUACGUUACAGAAUCAUAUCUGACAAGUACUUUGCAAGGAGAUAUCAUUGAAUCACAAUGUACAACGUACAGAAUAAAACUGCAAUGAUCACUGGGGCGGCUACUGGAAUAGGCUACAAGUGUGCUGAAAUAUUGCUUCGUAAUGGCGCAAAGAAGGUUGCCAUAGUCGAUUUGCCAACAUCGAACGGCCAGAAUGCGGCGGCUACCUUGGAGAACAAAUUUGGGAAGGGGCGUGCCAUUUUCAUUGCCUGCGACGUAUCAAAAACCGAUGACUUAAAGAAGGCAUUCCAGAAGAUCGUCGACGUGUUUGGAGGACUCGAUAUUCUUAUCAACAACGCUGGUGUUUGUAACGAAAAUCUCUGGGAACAAAUUAUCGAUGUUAAUGUCAAAGCGGUAAUUCGCGGCUCUCUGUUGGCGUUCGACCACAUGGGAAAGCACAAAGGCGGCAAGGGCGGCGUAAUCGUCAACAUCGCUUCCGUAACCGCAUUGUGCCCAUUUUUCUUCAUUCCAAUGUAUUCUGCUUCGAAGCAUGCGGUCCUGGGAUUCAGUCAAUCUCUGGCGAAAAUGUACAACAAAACUGGAGUGCGAGUUGUUAUAAUGUGCCCGGGAGUUACACAGACAGCGAUGGUAGCAAAUAUCCAACGUAACAUAUGCGACUCUUUUAAAGAUCUGAUAGAUGUUGACGCUGAAAGAUGUUUGGACAACUAUCCGGAACAAACAAUCGAUAAUGUGGUUCUUGCAAUAUUAGAUCUCAUCCAGAAGGGUGAAAACGGAGCGGCUUGGGUCAGCGAAGGUGGUCAACCGCCGUAUGCUGUGGAUUUUCCUCAUUAUUCCAAGCGAUCUCUGCCCGUAUAAAGUUGAUAUUUGAUGAUUUAUUUUACUCUAUUUUUCAAUCAUUUUACACGAUAACCAGCAAAUGCAAUAUGUGUUAAAAAUUAUAAAAUAUAUAACAUUUCAAAUAAACAUUAACAUUCCAAUUGAA